GCGGGGCCUCCUCGGGCUGCGUCACUUCCUCUGCGGAGAAGGCUGCCUGGCGAAGGGACGGUUCGGUGUUAGCAACCGCGGUCGGCGUCCCGAGCUCUGAGGCGGGAGACAUGAGUGACAGCGGGGAGCAGAACUACGGCGAGCGGGAGUCCCGUUCCGCUUCCAGAAGUGGAAGCGCGCAUGGUUCCGGCAAGUCUCCAAGGCACUCGCCAGCUAGAUCUAGAUCCAAAGAAGGUUCAAGGCGGUCCAGAUCAAAGUCUAGAUCAAGAUCUGAAUCUCGAUCGAGAUCGAGGAGGAGUUCUCGUAGACAUUAUACAAGAUCACGUUCACGUUCUCGAUCCCACAGAAGGUCAAGAAGCCGAUCUUACAGCCGUGACUAUCGUCGCCGACACAGUCAUAGCCAUUCUCCUAUGUCUACUCGUCGGCGUCAUGUUGGCAACAGAGUAAGGCAGGGAUGGCAGCAGUUGACCAGAGAUAAUUCAGCUGCAAAUCCUGACCCGAACUGUUGUCUUGGUGUGUUUGGAUUAAGCCUAUACACAACAGAAAGAGAUCUGAGAGAGGUAUUCUCUAAAUACGGCCCAAUUGCUGAUGUUUCUAUUGUGUAUGAUCAGCAGUCUCGGCGUUCUAGAGGAUUUGCCUUUGUGUAUUUUGAAAAUGUUGAUGAUGCCAAGGAGGCCAAAGAACGUGCAAAUGGAAUGGAGCUUGAUGGGAGAAGAAUUAGAGUUGAUUUCUCAAUAACAAAAAGGCCUCAUACACCUACCCCUGGAAUCUACAUGGGAAGGCCGACUUAUGGCAGUUCUCGGAGAAGAGAUUAUUAUGACAGAGGUUAUGACAGAGGAUAUGAUGACCGUGAAUAUUACAGUAGAUCAUAUAGAGGAGGAGGUGGUGGUGGUGGCGGAGGAGGAGGUGGCGGAGGAUGGCGAGGUGCCCAAGACAGGGAUCAGAUGUACAGGAGACGAUCACCAUCUCCAUAUUACAGCCGAGGAGGCUACAGGUCUCGUUCUCGUUCUCGAUCCUAUUCACCUCGUCGCUACUGAGGUAUGAACCUGAAGACUUUGUAGCUACAGACAUUUCUUUGAGAUUGCAAAAUUGUGGACUAUAUUUUGUUAAAGUUUAAUAGUGCCUAGUGAAAUAGGUGGCUUUUACACCUUUUAUGGAGACUACUUUUGGUCAAGUUUUAAAAUGCUGUUUUGUUCUGCAUAUUUGUGUAGUUGGUGCUUUGUUCAGAGUGGUGUUUUGAGAAGAGUCUGUCUUCCCGCAUGUGUUUUAGUCCACACUUUGCAAGAAGGAGUUCUGUUGUCCAACAUUCUUAAUUCUUCCCUCCCCCUCUCCCCAGUUUACGGGGUAUUUUGAAGAUCAAAACCUGUGUAAUAUGCUUUGAAAUGGUGGCAUAAUAAAAAAAGUUUUUUUACUUA